CGUCCAUCGGCCCGUGUAAUUUCUUGAAUGAUAAAAUACACUUGCACGUACACCGCAGGAUCAUCUUUCGCGCAAGAUUUGUAGUUAAUAUUCAGCAACAUGGCGGAAGCUCAUGCAGCUGUAGCAUUUAGUUUUUCCAUUACUCACGAAGGAUGGGAUGUUAAUUUAGACAGAGAAGUUUUACAUUUAGUAUGGCAAUCGGGUGUUCGUUCCUGGAAAAAAAGAUUCUUUAGAUUUCUUAACAAUCUGAAAAGUGGCGUAUACCCUGCCUCUUUGAGAAGUUUAUGGUUUACUAUAGCUUUGGUGACUGUAAUACAUUUCGCAGGUUACAGGAUACCUUAUGACCUUGUUGGGAAGACUGUACCAUACCUUUCAGGGUCUUCAAUACUGACACACUUAGCAGGAUCAUUUGUUGUUGGGCUUCUUUUAUGGUUGGUAGUGAUAUAUGUGCUUCGGUACACCUUGAAAUUAUUACUUAUUUACAAGGGAUGGAUGUAUGAAUCAAGAGAAAAAGGGUAUAAAAUUUCGAAAACGACGAGAAUCUGGACUCUGUUAGUGAAAUUAUUAAUUGGAUGGCGCAAACCAAUGUUAUACAGUUUUCAAGGAUCCUUGCCGCGGCUAUCGUUACCAUCAGUAGAAGAAACUAUGAAACGGUAUCUACGAAGUGUUCGACCCUUACUGGACGAUGAAAAUUAUGCUCGGAUGGAGACUUUGGCUACGGAAUUCCAAAACGGGAUCGGUGUGAAACUUCAGCGUUAUCUAAUUUUGAAGUCUUGGUGGGCAACUAAUUACGUUUCCGAUUGGUGGGAAGAAUAUGUUUAUCUACGCGGGCGAUCUCCCAUUAUGGUGAAUUCAAACUUUUAUGGCAUUGAUGCUAUUCUCAUGCAUCCUACUACUGUGCAAGCUGCUCGUGCUGCAAACGUCGUUUAUUCAUGUCUGCAAUACCGACGUCUCAUCGAAUGGCAAGAACUAGAACCGAUACUGGUUCAAGGUCUGGUACCCUUAUGUUCAUGGCAGUAUGAAAGAUUAUUUAAUACUACAAGAAUACCGGGACGGGAAACUGACAGAAUUGUUCAUUACCAGGAUUCUAAACACGUUGUCGUAUAUCAUAAGGGCAGAUACUUUAAAGUUCCUAUUUAUUACAAAAACCGAAUUCUUCAACCUUCUGAACUUGAACUUCAGAUGCAUCAAAUUUUACACGAUCAAUCUGAGCCAUCGGUAGGUGAAGAAAAGUUAGCUGCAUUAACAGCUGGAGAAAGACCUACAUGGGCACGAGCUAGAGAAGAAUUUUUCGUGAAAGGAGUAAAUAAGGCGUCUUUAGAUCUCAUCGAGAAGGCAGCAUUUGUGGUCGUAUUAGAUAACAUACCAUAUAUAUAUGAUCCAGCAAAUCCAGAGAAGUUAGAUCAGUAUGGUCGAAUUUUAUUACAUGGUAAAGGAUAUGACAGAUGGUUUGAUAAAUCUUUUACUCUAUGCAUCGGCAACAAUGGAAGAAUUGGUUUUAAUGCUGAACAUUCGUGGGCUGAUGCUCCUAUAAUGGGAUCUCUAUGGGAAUUUGUAAUCGGUAAUGAGGUGAAAAUGGGAUACACAGAAGAUGGGCAUAACAAAGGUGAACCAGAGUUCACACCUCCACCUCCAACACGACUUCAAUGGGAUUUAACUCAAGGCUGUAUAGAUGCUAUUGAAGAGUCAGCUCAAAUUGCUGAAAAGUUAUUAAAUGACGUCGACCUGCGCAUUUAUGUGCAUGAUGAUUAUGGCAAAGGUUUCAUGAAAAUCAACUCGAUGUCACCUGAUGCAUACAUACAAAUGGCUCUUCAAUUAGCGUACUUCCGUGAUUCAAAUAAAUUUAAUUUAACUUACGAAGCUUCCAUGACCAGACUGUUCCGUGAAGGAAGAACGGAAACAGUGAGACCAUGUACAAUUGAAUCUACUGAGUGGGUGAAAGCAAUGCAUGAUAAUGAUGCAACUGUAGAACAUAAGUACAAAUUACUGACGGCUGCUGCAAAGCAGCAUCAGAAGGGUUAUCAAAAUGCUAUGAGUGGUAAAGGAAUAGAUAGACACCUAUUUUGUUUAUAUGUAGUAUCGAAAUAUUUAGAAGUGGAUUCUCCUUUUUUGAAGGAGGUCUUAAGCGAGCCAUGGAAGUUAUCUACUUCACAGACCCCACAUGGCCAAACGUCGCUAAUAAAUUUGAAGAAGUAUCCUAACUGUAUUUCUGCAGGCGGUGGUUUUGGCCCUGUUGCUGAUGAUGGUUAUGGUGUUUCCUACAUAAUUGCUGGAGAAAACCUCAUAUUUUUCCACAUCUCCUGCAAAGUUAGCUCUCCAGAAACUAAUGCUAAUCGAUUUGCAAAACACAUACAAAGAGCACUAGCUGAUAUGAAGAAUUUAUUCAAUGAAAGACAGAAGUUGCAAAAGAAGAAUGGAUCUGCGUAGUUAUUGUGCAAGAAGGAACAAAAUAAUCAUGAUCGCAAACUAACGACAAGGGAAUACUUUCUUCUCAAAGCACAAAUAGCCUAUUUGUCGAAAUAAGUCCUAAUGUGGACAAUCAAUAAGUACAGACUAAAUGACUCAAGUAUAAUUUUCAUCAAACGUGUUAAGUGGUUUACUUACAACAUUCAUGUAAUUUUAUAAAGCAAAUAUUUAUAUUUCGCAUCUUUCGAUACUGCAUACUAAAUGAACGC